CUUCAUUACAUAAAUGUUGGGAUAUCCCUGACGAAUUAGGUUGCAUAGCAAGUUUUUUAGAUCCUAGAUUUAAAUUUUUAAAUUUUUUAUCACCUCUUCAAAAAGAAAAUACAAAACAAAAUUUAAAAACCCGAAUUGA